CCGGCUUCCAGGUCCCUGCUCUCCCCGCCCCCCGCGUCACGAGACGCCUCCGGGAACCUGAGCUGCCCGGCCCAAGCCUCGCUAUUUUGUAGCCCGUGGCCGGGGUGGCCGCUGUAGGUGCUACCACAAAGGCUAACCCGAAGGAGCGGGGGAGGCUGGUGGAGUCGAUGCUUCCUCCUCCAAGUCAGGUCGGCUCCCCUCACCGCCUCACCAUUCGCCCCUCCCGUCUCCCUGAGUGUUUGUAUGAGCUCUUUCGUAAAGGGAAGCUCCGGUGACCAUGUAGGGGGGACGCAAGAGGAAGCUCCGGUGCCUGGGACUCGGUCCGCGCUGUCCGCACGCCGGCCGGCGCCCUCCACACACGCAGUGGGGGCGGCUGGGCCCGUGGGCCGCUGGGUACGCGGCCUCCGCCUGUGGCCUGGCCGGGAGCGCCGCGAAGUCUCGCCUCGUCUCGCGAGAGUCGAAGUUGAAAACAUGGCGACGUCUAAUCUGUUAAAGAAUAAAGGCUCUCUUCAGUUUGAAGACAAGUGGGAUUUUAUGCGCCCAAUUGUUUUGAAGCUUUUACGCCAAGAAUCUGUUACAAAACAACAGUGGUUUGAUCUGUUUUCGGAUGUUCAUGCAGUCUGUCUCUGGGAUGAUAAAGGUCCGGCAAAAAUUCAUCAGGCUUUAAAAGAAGAUAUCCUUGAAUUUAUUAAGCAAGCACAGGCACGAGUAUUGAGCCAUCAAGAUGACACAGCUUUGCUAAAAGCAUAUAUUGUUGAAUGGCGGAAAUUCUUUACACAGUGUGAUAUUUUACCGAAACCCUUUUGUCAACUAGAGAUUACUUUAAUGGGUAAACAGGGCAGCAAUAAAAAAACAAAUGUGGAAGAUAGUAUUGUCCGAAAGCUCAUGCUUGAUACAUGGAAUGAGUCAAUUUUUUCAAAUAUUAAAAACAGACUACAAGAUAGUGCAAUGAAGCUGGUACAUGCUGAAAGAUUAGGAGAAGCUUUUGAUUCUCAGCUGGUCAUUGGAGUAAGAGAAUCCUAUGUUAACCUUUGUUCUAAUCCUGAGGACAAGCUUCAGAUUUAUAGGGACAAUUUUGAGAAGGCAUACUUGGAUUCAACAGAGAGAUUUUAUAGAACACAGGCACCCUCAUAUUUACAGCAAAAUGGUGUACAGAAUUAUAUGAAAUAUGCAGAUGCUAAAUUAAAAGAAGAAGAAAAACGAGCACUACGUUAUUUAGAAACAAGACGAGAAUGUAACUCUGUUGAAGCUCUCAUGGAAUGCUGUGUGAAUGCCUUGGUGACAUCAUUCAAAGAGACUAUCUUAGCGGAGUGCCAAGGCAUGAUCAAGCGAAAUGAAACUGAAAAGUUACAUUUAAUGUUUUCAUUGAUGGACAAAGUUCCUAAUGGGAUAGAGCCAAUGCUGAAAGACUUGGAGGAACACAUCAUAAGUGCUGGCCUGGCAGAUAUGGUAGCAGCUGCUGAAACUAUUACCACUGACUCUGAGAAAUAUGUUGAGCAGUUACUUACAUUAUUUAAUAGAUUUAGUAAACUCGUCAAAGAAGCUUUUCAGGAUGAUCCACGAUUUCUUACUGCACGAGAUAAGGCAUAUAAAGCUGUUGUUAAUGAUGCUACCAUAUUUAAACUUGAAUUACCUCUGAAGCAGAAAGGAGUGGGGUUGAAAACUCAGCCUGAAUCAAAGUGCCCUGAGUUGCUUGCCAAUUACUGUGAUAUGUUGCUGAGAAAAACACCAUUAAGUAAAAAACUAACCUCUGAAGAGAUUGAAGCAAAGCUUAAAGAAGUGCUCCUGGUACUUAAAUACGUACAAAACAAAGAUGUUUUUAUGAGGUAUCACAAAGCUCAUUUGACACGACGUCUUAUAUUAGACAUCUCUGCUGAUAGUGAAAUUGAAGAAAAUAUGGUAGAAUGGUUAAGAGAAGUUGGUAUGCCAGCAGAUUAUGUAAACAAGCUUGCUAGGAUGUUUCAGGACAUAAAAGUAUCUGAAGAUUUGAACCAAGCUUUUAAGGAAAUGCACAAAAAUAAUAAGUUGGCUUUACCAGCUGAUUCUGUUAACAUAAAAAUUCUGAAUGCUGGUGCCUGGUCAAGAAGCUCUGAGAAAGUCUUUGUUUCACUUCCUACCGAAUUGGAGGAUUUGAUUCCUGAAGUAGAAGAAUUUUACAAAAAAAAUCAUAGUGGUAGAAAAUUACAUUGGCAUCAUCUCAUGUCAAAUGGAAUUAUAACAUUUAAGAAUGAAGUAGGUCAAUAUGAUUUGGAGGUAACCACGUUUCAGCUGGCUGUGCUUUUUGCAUGGAACCAAAGACCCAGAGAAAAAAUUAGCUUUGAAAAUCUAAAACUUGCAACUGAACUCCCAGAUGCUGAACUUAGAAGGACUUUAUGGUCUUUAGUAGCUUUCCCAAAGCUCAAACGGCAAGUCUUACUGUACGAACCUCAAGUAAGCUCACCGAAAGACUUCACAGAAGGUACCCUCUUCUCAGUGAACCAGGAGUUCAGUUUAAUAAAAAAUGCAAAAGUUCAGAAAAGGGGUAAAAUCAACUUGAUUGGACGCUUGCAACUCACUACAGAAAGGAUGAGGGAAGAAGAGAAUGAAGGAAUAGUUCAACUUAGAAUAUUGAGAACCCAGGAAGCUAUCAUACAAAUAAUGAAAAUGAGAAAGAAAAUUAGUAAUGCUCAGCUGCAGACUGAAUUAGUAGAAAUUUUGAAAAAUAUGUUCUUACCACAAAAGAAAAUGAUAAAAGAACAAAUAGAAUGGCUAAUAGAGCACAAAUACAUCAGAAGAGAUGAAUCUGAUAUCAACACUUUCAUAUAUAUGGCAUAAUUUUGAAUAUCAUGGACAAUACUGAGAAUGCAGAUUUUGGAGUGCUUGGGCAGAAAGUUGUCACAGUUUGAGCUGGAGAAAGGUUUAUUUGGACUUUGAUUACAUAAAUAUUCAAAUCUCUGCCUUACCUUUACAGAAUGACUCUAUUUUACCAGUCACACUAGUUAGCAUGAUGGCAUUCCCUUCAUGUUGCACACUCUGUAACAGCAUGCUGUUUUGUGGAGAAACUUGCAUUCAUGAAGAGCCCAUUAUGAACUUUUAAAAGUAAAUUUGAUUUUUACCCACCAGGAAAAAUACAACGGGAAGGGUGAGGGCGGGGUUCUGUUUGCUUUUCUCUCUCUCUUUUAUUUUUCCUCUUAAAAAAAUGUACUUGCACAAGGAAGGAUAUUCAGAUAUUCAUGCACUGAAAAAUGCUGUUAUCUUUGUUUUUUAAAAAAUGCAAUUAAAAGUAGAAGUAGCACUCUUGGCUUCUUGUGAUGAGAGUGAGCUGGUCAACACAACGUUGGGAGAGGGCAGAUGUAGGAGAGAAGAUAAGUAUUUCACAGAAUCGAAUUUUUCAAACACUGCUUCAGCGUCAUAAGUGGAUUUAAAUGCUGACCUAUAAAAUGGUAUUAAGUAUUUCUAACUUGCAAACUUUUUUUUAAAGCAGGAGACUGCUGCUGUAGUUAUUUGUUACUAAAUGAUGAGUUAAAAAAUCUUAUAUGGCUGGAGAGCUUGUUUGAAAGUGAAGCUUAUGUUGUUGCUUCAAUUGAUGGAGAAAAAUUAUGGAGAUAGGUCAUGAUUGCAGAGUCAGAAUAGCAAAACAAACAUUAUUGUGUGUUAACUAACACACUUAAUAUCUACAUACCUAAUAUUUAUUAUGCCAUAUCUAAAUUUAUUGAAAACAAUGCUGAAAUCUGCUCUGAUAGAAUACAUUUAUGGAACUGAUCUCUUAAUCUGUAGCAUAGAACUAUUUUGGUAUUUUGAAGUCUCAUGGUUAGGGAUCUACGUAGCCUUGGGUUUCUUGAAAGAAAAGCGUUCUCUUUUAAAAAGUAAUAAUUAUCAGUCACCUAGGAGGAAGAGAGAAACCACAACAUAAGACCUGAAAAGUGUAAGCAAAGAUGUUACAGUCUUAACAUGAGCAGUAAACUUGCCAAAUAUGUACAUAUAUAUUUAUAUAUUUUAAAAAUAAACAUUUUAAAAAUGUUUAGAAGGCAACAGUUAUCUUGUUUCUUUCAGUUAAUACAAAGCAGCAACUUAGUAGUUGCUGGCAACUGAAUAUCCAGAGCAGUGGAAAUUUUAGGAUUUGAGAACUUGAACAACUGAAAAGAGAAAAAUUGUAUUCCCCAUUGGGAAAACAAAAUGGCUCAAUAUGGAUUUUUAUUCAUUGUGGUGCAUGUUUCAAUUUUCUUAAAAAUUGUUUUCUAUCUUUUUGAUGUUAAGUAAUAUUUGAAAGUAUGGUUUUGAAGAAAGUAGAAAAUAAGAUUGCUGGAAAGCAUACAGUAUUAUAUUAUAGAGUGCUUGUAAGAACAUUUUUUAAUGGAAUGUGCCGCCGAUCUCAAGAAGCAUUGUGAGCUUCCGGCUGAAAAGAAGGAAAGAAAAUUUAAAACAUUUAAGAUUUUGCUCAAAUGCCUGUUCUGAAACUCAUAGAAAAUUGAAAUUUUAUUGAUAAUUUAAAACCUUACCCUUCUAAGAUAGCAUAUGUCAAUUAUAGACCAAACAUUGUGAUGAAUUAAAAUUAGUGUUCAUUAUUUUCACUAAUUAGAUGCCUGUUAACAGUGGAUAAAUUUGAAGUUUAGAAGAAAUAAGUUUGUAAUAAUUUGGCUCUUAUGUCUAACAAAUAGUGUGAUAUUGGCAUAUUUGCUUGUCCUAAUAUAAGAAAGCCAAAGGAAGAAACAAUAGGGAAAAUUAUAGACUUUAAAAAAAAAUAUGUAAGAUUUGUUUUAAACCAUAAUCUCAGAACUACUUUGAUGUUUCUAAUCUUUUUUGGUAAUUUGAGAAUGAGGGGGCCGGAGAUUUAGCUCAGUGGUGCCAUGCCUGCCUCACAAGCGUGAGGUCCUGAGUUCGAUCUCUGGUACCAGGGUGGGGGUGGGGGAAUGAAAGCCAUGGUGUUUUGAUUCCACAAGGCAAAUUUAAUGGAAAGUGAGUAACGCUAAAUCCAUAGCAAAAGUUUUCUAUUAAAUUUUUAAAUAGCUAAUUAUGUCCUAAAUGUAUUUGGGGCAUUGAACAGCAGCAAAUACUGUAGACUUACAGUUUUCAAUCAGUUUUAAAAUUAUUUAUACAAAAGUUUAAGUUUUGGUGUUUAUGAAAACCAUUGUAUUGACACGUUGCCUAUGCCAUUGUUGAAUUUUCUUUAAAUAUGUUUUGACAUAUGUUUGCAAAUUGAAGAAAAAAGAGUCUGGAGAAAAUAAUUUUAACCAGUAAUUUGCUAAUGGUACAGAAUCACAGUAUUCUUUAUCAUCAGGUCUCUUUCUCCAAUGUGCACUUAAAAUUAGCAUUAUCUGAGCCAAGGAUAUGACGCCUCACAUAGCUAUGAAAAAAAAGUCCAGUCUCUAAACUCCAAGACCAAAAAAACACUUUUCUUAUGAGUAAUGUUGCAGGAGGACUCCUAAGAAGUUGUUUUUGUUUUUGUUUCUGUUUUUUUAGCCAGGGUCUCACUGUAGUUCAGGCUGUCCUUGAACUCACUAUGCAGCCCAGGCUGGCCUUGAACUCACCUGCCUCAGCCUUUCAAGUGCUGGGGUUACAGGCCUGAGCCACUGUGCAUGGCUAGAGGUUAAGUUUUGAACAUUAAUUUUCUGAUUUAAAGAUGGAACCAUCUGAAAAUGGUAACUGUUGUUGCCACAUCAUUGUCAUAGUAAGUAGAUAUGAAACAAAAUUUACAAAGUGAAAACAGGACAUUUUUGAUGCUUAUAAUGAGAUAAAUAUUAGAAUAUUAUUGUUUCAACGAUUUAAUGAGAUCAUAACAGAAAUUCUGAAGUCUUCCAGUUUUUACAUUUAUUGGAGGGGUCCCUGAGCUCUUUCAACUUACUUAAUUCUCUUACUGUUGCUUUUUACAUAAAUGUUAAAAUUUCCAAAAAUGAAAUGUUAGCUUUCUUAUUUUUGCGUUUUAUUAUACUUAAUACAGAAUAUGACCUUAGUAGUUUAAAAGGUAUUUUUCGUUAUUUGCAGUAAAUAUGUCAGUAACCCUGCUCAAAGGACAAAUUUUUAAAAUUCAGUUUGAGUGAAAGAUUUGCUAGUUUUACAGAAAGAUUUGCUGUCAUAAAUUUAAGCUGGUUUUUCUAUUUUCAUGUAAAUGACUGGGAUGCUGUCUUAUAAAUUCUUCCAAGGUCAUAUGUGUGAAAUAAACAAUACAUGAGAGCUUGCCUGUCAUCUACAGUGUCAUCUGGAGUGUUGAACAAAUCUGAGUUCCUAAGGUGUAAUCUAUCCUCACAUGGUCUAUGCGAUCUUCGAAUGUGUGCCACUACAUACUGAGAUGGUAAUGCUGUACAAUUCUGAAUGGUAGCAGUUUCUGUAUGCAGUAGGCUGAAAUAUUUUGAUGAACUGCUUAAUUUUUGGAUUUUAUUUUUUAAGUUGUAUAAUUUAUUUUCUGCAAAAUAAAAAAAUAAUAUAAAAGCUUUCA